UGGCUACCCAGUCUGGAGUUCUAGUGGUGGCGGCAGUAUAGCAGCAUGCGCCCGGCCUCGGUGCCGUCCGCGCCCCUGGCGAGCCCCGACUACUACGAGAAGCUGGGCCGCCUCCAGCACGGGCUGAGGGAAAGUGAGAAGAAGAGAUUGGACUUGGAAAGGAAACUUUAUGAAUACAAUCAGUCUGACAUAUGUCGAGUUAAACUGAAGUAUGUAAAACUAAAGAAGUACCUGAAAGACAUAUGUGAAUCUGAAAAGAAGGCUCAUAUUCGGAACCAAGAGUAUUUGAAGCAUUUUGAACACAUUCAAACUCACAUUGGCCACUUCACAAAUACAGAAAAACUUCAAAAACUGAAGAUUGACUAUGAGACUAAAAUGAAGAUGCAGCUACUCUCAAAUGAAAACCUGGGAAUAAAAGUUGAAGUGAAAGGUGAAGAUAAAGAUAAGCAGAUUGCAUCACAGGUGAGAAUUAACUCGGGGCCAGCCCUGUCAAGAGGACUGUAUCAGCCAGCAACAAGCUUUAUGGGCCGCCAAAUGUCAGCCACCUCCAGCACUGAAGAUUUCAGUACUCAGGAGAAAUUGUUCCCACCUACAAAGAACUUUUCAAUUUCCAACCCACAGUCACAGCGACAGACAGCCCCGAGCAGUAAUGUGACAGACAGCUAUGUAGUACCAACUCACAGUGACACGCGGUGCUUAAAGAAGUCUGACAAAAUAGACGGAAAGACGUCUCUUCAGAUUGGUGAGAAGACGCCAGUCAUAGCCAGUGUGUUGUCUGAGGAGGAACAAACUCAUUGCUUGGAGAUAGGAAGCAACCAUGCUUCCGGCAAGAGUAAUUUAUCUGAAGGCAAAAAAUCUGCCAAAUUCCAUUUCCCAUUAUGGGGAAGAUUAAGUCCAGAGAACAGCACCACUGACUCAAAGUAUGACAGUUCCAGUAGAUCAGAGGGAUCAGACAAAGAAAUAUUGACAUGGGGACAUAUUAAAGUCGAGAAAGAAAAAGCUAGACCACCAGUCUCAGUGAUAUCAGUCACAGACUACCGUGUCUCUGAAAAUAAGUGUUCUCAAGAGAAGCAUUCUGCCCGGGAAGGUUUCUCAGAUCAUCUUUCUCACAGAGACCCAGUGUCCCAGAAACCCUCCAGGAAAAUGCAGGAAGAGCAAAAGGAGGAAAGUUUGAGCAGCAGCAGCAGCAGCAGCAGCGACCUCACAGUCUCUAUAAGUGAGGAUGAUCUGUUUUUAAAGAGUCCAGAACCACAGCCAAAUCCAGGUGACAAGAUGGAGGAAGAAGAUGGAAUAGAGGCCUUAAAAUUAAUCCACUCAGAGCAAGAAAGCGAUGCCUUACUCACCGAAAAACGUAAUUGUAUUUUGCAAGCCCUAAGCUCUUCUGAUUCAAAAAAGGAAUCCUCCACUAACUCACCAACAAGAGAAUCCAAACAAGCUACAGAGUCUGCCUUAUUGGCCACAGGAUUGGGUCAUGAUGUAGCCACCUUGAAAGUUCAUGGUAAUUCUAUAAAAGAAGAUGCACCUAAGCCAUCUGGAACUUUCCCAGAAGACCUGGAUCAGAAGGCAAAGGCAACAGCUUUAUUGAAAAAAGCCCUUACAGAAGAGUGUGAUGAUAGGUCAGCUAUUCACAGUAAUGAAUCAUCUUGCAGCUUGCCAUCUAUUCUGAAUGACAAUAGUAGAAUAAAAGAAGCAGAACCCGCUCUAUGGCUCAACAGUGUUCUUACAGGAGAACAAGAAGUUUCAAAUAGCUAUACAGAGGAGAGCAAGGAAGAAAGCCUGGCAGCAAAGAUUCCAAUCACAGAGACGAAAGCCUACCAAUUGCUGAAGCAGGCCACACUUCAGGACAGCAAAAAGCCAGCUGACGACCAGUGUCAAGAGGACAGUGCUCCUUCGGACCCACUCUCAGGUCUGAAAGUUGGCAGCAAGACAAAGACAAUGAAUAAAAUUGCUUCAGAAGCUAGUUUUUCAUCUAGCAAUGGAAAUCCUUUGUCCAGGUAUCAAAGCAAGGAACUGCCAACCAAUUUAAAGUCUAAAGCCUUCUGGGGUGAAUCUGAUGACAGUAACUCUGAAAUUGAAGCAGCUUUGCGUCCUAGAAACCAUAAUAUAGCUGAUGAUUAUGACGAUUUUUAUGACUAAUCAGAUGAGACAUCUAUUGGAAUUAAAAAUCUUGAAGCAAA